UUCUUCUUCUUCUUCUUCUUCUUCUUCCCCACCUUCCUUCCCUCUCAAUUCUCACGAACUCUCCCUCUCACCGGAAUUCCACUCGCUGCUACUGUCGCUUUCUCUCUUUCUGAUCUCUCCCGCUGCUCUCACAGUCUCACUCUUGACUUAGCUGCUAUGGCGACCUCGGCCUUCGGGACUACAACUGCUACUUCCAAUUACCGAAAUGGCGGCGCCGCCAACGCCCGAAACUUACCCAAGAACUCCUCCGUCAAGUCCAAGACCGGGGUCCGGAAGAGCGCCCCCGGUUCCCUCGGCGGCGGAGGAGCUGCUUCCUCUUCUUCCAAGGAUGAUGCCGGAGUUCCCGGAAGAGUCAGAGUGGCGGUGAGGCUACGGCCGCGGAAUGCAGAGGAAAUGGUCGCCGACGCUGAUUUCGCCGACUGCGUCGAGUUACAGCCUGAGUUGAAGAGGCUGAAGCUUCGGAAGAACAAUUGGGAUUCCGACACUUACGAGUUCGAUGAGGUGCUCACUGAAUUUGCUUCCCAGAAACGCGUUUACGAGGUUGUGGCGAAACCCGUCGUUGAGAGCGUCUUGGAUGGAUAUAAUGGGACCGUUAUGGCAUAUGGGCAGACCGGGACAGGGAAAACAUAUACCGUUGGGCAGCUUGGCGAUGAGGACAUGGCUGCUCGUGGCAUAAUGGUUCGUGCUAUGGAGGAUAUACUAGCAGGCGUCUCUUUGGAGACUGAUUCUAUCUCAGUCUCGUAUAUGCAGCUGUAUAUGGAGACUAUACAGGAUCUUCUUGAUCCUACUAAUGAUAAUAUUUCCAUUGUGGAAGACCACAAAACUGGGGAUGUUUCAUUGCCCGGAGCUACUCAGGUGGAGAUAAGGGAUCAUCAUAGCUUUUUGGAGAUUCUAAAGUUAGGAGAAGACCACCGCUUUGCAGCAAAUACAAAAUUGAAUACUGAAUCUUCACGUAGUCAUGCUAUUCUGAUGGUAAAUUUGAGGAGGUUUGUCAAGGGAAAGGAUUCGGCCGUUUCAAGCGAAAACAGUAGCAGCUUGCAGACGGUUAAAAGCCUAAAGCCUUCUGUUGUUCGCAAAGCAAAGCUAGUUGUAGUUGAUCUUGCAGGUUCAGAGCGAAUUCAUAAAUCAGGCAGUGAAGGGCAUACACUUGAGGAAGCAAAAUCUAUAAAUCUUUCUCUGAGUGCACUUGGGAAGUGCAUUAAUGCAUUGGCAGAGAAUAGUCCGCAUAUUCCUGUUCGUGAUUCAAAGCUUACAAGGUUGCUUCGAGAUUCAUUUGGAGGUACGGCACGGACUUCUCUUGUGAUCACAGUUGGUCCUUCCCCUCGUCAUCGUGGCGAGACAGCAAGUACCAUAAUGUUUGGUCAAAGGGCAAUGAAGGUUGAGAACAUGCUGAAAUUGAAAGAGGAAUUUGAUUACAAAAGCUUGUCUAGAAGAUUAGAUAUACAGUUAGACAAACUUAUUGCGGAACAUGAAAGGCAGCAAAAGAUAUUCGAGGAUGAAAUCGAGAGAUUAACUGCAGAAGCAGAAAGACAACUUUCUGACGCGGAAAGAAAUUAUGUGCAAGCAUUGGAGGGAUCAUCUCCAUUGGUUCUUUACUGGCCUUGUUAUGUUUUCUGUUUUCAGAAGGAACGAUCAAAAUAUCAGAAAGAGUAUUUGGAAUCAAUCAAAAAGCUAGAGGAGAAAUGGAUAAUGAAUCAAAGAAAAAGUGUGAAUGAUGAAAAUAAGCUUCGACACAAAGAUGUUGGUUCCAAUGUCCUACCUAAUGCAAAGGAGUCAAAGGUUGCUCCCAUGGAGGAGAAUCCUGAGAUGAAAAAGCUUCUGGAGAAGGAAACUGCACACAGGAAGGCUGUUGAAGAAGAAGUCUGGACUCUCAAGACUCAGUUGGCUGAAUCGAGGAGGUCAGAGGCCUUACAAAGUUCCGAGAUAGUAAAGCUUCGCAAGAUGCUUGACGAUGAAGCUCACCAAAAAGAAAAACUUGAAAUGGAAAUAGGAAAGCUGCAGAGUCACUUGCUUCAACUGAGUGUAGAGGCUGACGAGACAAGAAGGCAGCUUGACUCGGGUGGUUCAGAGGAAGUUCUUUCUGGUUUAGACUCUUUAUUGCAUCAACCCAGGCAACCACAGAGUGACAAUUCAGAAACGGGAGAUAAAGAGUCAGUAGCUAAACUCUUUGAGCAAGUGGGACUUCACAAGAUAUUGUCGUUGCUUGAAGCGGAAGAUGCUGAUGUUCGAAUACAUGCAGUGAAAGUGGUCGCAAAUCUUGCGGCUGAAGAAGCGAACCAAGAGAAGAUCGUGGAAGCUGGUGGCCUAACAUCUUUGUUAAAGCUUCUCAUAAGUUCAGAAGACGAGACCAUACACCGAGUGGCAGCAGGCGCCAUCGCUAAUCUUGCAAUGAGUGAAACCAACCAGGAGUUGAUAAUGGCUCAAGGUGGUGUCCGCUUGUUAUCAAAUACCGCUUCCAGUGCAGAGGAUCCUCAAACACUUCGCAUGGUAGCUGGAGCCAUCGCCAACCUUUGUGGCAACGAUAAAUUGCAAAUGAAGUUGAGAGGUGAAGGUGGUAUCAAGGCCUUGCUUGGAAUGGUGAGAUGCCGGCAUCCAGAUGUUCUUUCACAAGUUGCCAGGGGUAUUGCUAAUUUCGCCAAAUGUGAAUCAAGGGCAUCUGCUCAAGGAGUUAAGGCAGGAAGAUCCCUUCUGAUAGAAGACGGAGCACUUCCAUGGAUCGUACAAAAUGCUAACAACGAAGCCGCUUCAGUUAGGCGCCACAUCGAACUUGCAUUGUGUCACUUAGCACAGCAUGAAGCGAAUUCGAGAGACAUGAUCAAUGGAGGUGCUGUUUGGGAAAUGGUUCGCAUCUCGCGAGACUGUCCCCGGGAAGACAUAAGGUCUCUUGCCCAUAGAACCCUAACCAGCAGUCACAGUUUUCAAGCAGAAAUGAGGCGGCUAGGUUAGGCUUUACUCUUUAUUUAUUUACUUUUGCUAUUGUUGGUCUUCUUAGGUCUUGAUUGGACAGGCAGAUUAUUUCAUUUAAGUAUAUAGGAAAGCUCCUUGCUCGCUUUUUCUUAUUAGUUUUCUUGUGAUUUGUUUAAGAAAUCUCAUCUACCUAGAGUGAACAGUACAGUUUGUGGCUUUGUGCAUAGUAUGAACGUUAAUGUGGCUUUUGUAUAUGGGUGUAGUAUUAGGUUAGACCAGUCAUUACCAACUGCAUGGAAGAUAUGAGAAAAGGGUUAUCUCUGGUGUUAACUACCCAUUGUAGUAUCUCGAUUGCUCUUGCCUUUAGUUAUAAUCACC